UCUGUCGGCCUCUUUCCACGAGCGAGAAACGCGGAAGAACGCGAGAGAGAGUUUCUGCCGUUAGAGAGAGACCAGAGCGAGCGAGAGCGAACGAGCUACGGGAUGAUGUCCGCUCAUUGCCCGAACCCCGCCGCCGCCGCCGCCGCCGCCGCCGCAAUCUCUCCGAAACCCAGGUCCGAGUCGGGCAACCAUGGCCGCUUCCCUCCUUCUUCGCCGUUUCCGUUCUCCCGAAGCUCCGUCCCUCCUCCGACGCACCUCGCGGGGAGCCUCGGUUCCCGGAGGACGAGCGUCCGACGUGGAAGCAGCAGCACCGGACCCCGCGGUCCUUCUUCAGGUGGAAAUGACAGCAGAACCGUGUUGGACGCUUUUUUCUUGGGGAAGGCUCUGGCUGAAGCGCUGAACGAGCGUAUUGAGUCCACGGUUGGGGAGUUCUUGAGCACAAUCGGGAGGUUGCAAGCUGAGCAACAGAAGCAAGUGCAAGAAUUCCAGGAAGACGUGUUUGAAAGAGCCAAAAGGGCCAAGGAAAAAGCAGCCCGUGAAGCAAUGGGAGCUCAGGGGCUAAUUCCAACAUCUGCUGCAGCAAAUGCCGGGAACGGCGGUGUCGUUUCACCCACCUCAUCCUUGACUACUGGUACGGUUUCACCUUCGGUUGACUCGAAUGCGGAUUCUGAUAGCAAUGACCCUGUUGUAGGCGUAUCAAAUGAUGGAUGACGAUUCUGCUUUAUGUAGAAGCAUGUAUUGCACUCUAUGCUUGGUAGGUCUGAUAAUAAAAUGGAUCAUAUCUCCUUCUCUUCA